AUGCUACCCAUCGAGGUACCCAUGCAAACGCCAGCGGGAGAUUAGUCCACUCGCCGAAGGCGGGCGAGGGCUAACAAAUUUCAUUUUCUACCUUCUUCCUCACUCGUCGUGUUCUUGGAACAAAACCUUCGUCGUUGGCAAACCACUGACUUUUUGAGUACGAGAGGAUGAGAAUAGGGGCGAGUUUCCGAUGCUUUACGGCGUUGAAGUCUCAGUUCUCAACCGUUAGAUUCAGCUCAGAGAUCUUUGUAAGCAGACUCUCAUUUUACACAAAACAUGAGGAAUUUAGGAGCAUGUUUUCUCAAUUCGGCAAUGUUAAAGAAGCCAGGUUGAUAAUGGAUAGUAGGACAGGAAGAACAAAGGGGUUUGGUUUUGUUACAUUUGAGACGGAAGAUGAGGCACAUGAAGCUAUUAAGAGUAUGGAUUGCAAGAUAGUCCAAGGACGACUGAUUUCUGUGGAACCUGCCACGACAAAAAAGGCUGAUGGAGAUGGUGUCGACUCCCAUAGCUGAAAGUUCUCGGUUUUGAACUCAACUCCAUAUUAGGCAUGCUGCGUAUCGUCUGAUGAACUACCCCAUCAACAGUGAAGUAUGAUAGCAAUCCCUGUAUAAGGAAGUGCUGCUACAAAUACAAAAUUCGUUCUGAACUUUCACUGUUCAUAUCUCAUUGUUUAAACAUAGGCAUGCCAUCAAGUCUCGUGACUCACUUAACAAUUAACACUAGCACUUGUGGAUAAUGUAAGCUAUACUGCACUAUUUUUUGUUGCUUGUAAUAACUUUAUUAAUCC